AUCCACUCUCUCCUCCUCUCCUCUUCGUCCCCCUCUCCUCUCCUCCUCCGUCUUCGGUUUCAUCGUUCUCUUUCGAACCUCACUCCCUACAGAUCUUGUCGCUGGACGGAAUUUGCUCCCUUCGAAUUGAACCAGAGCCCCUGGUGGACUCAUCAUCAUGGUUCGCGAGGAGCUUAUCUCAUCUGCUAUCACUUUUCUCCAAGAUCCAUCUGUCGCAUCCUCGCCGAUAGAAAAGCGAGUCGCAUUUCUGCAGUCGAAGAAUCUGACCAAAGAAGAAAUCGAUGUCGCCCUUUCGCGAGUAGGGGAAGAUACGGCUGCGGCGGCUGCGGCGACAUCAUCUUCGAGCUACCAGCCAUCCUCGCAACAAGCGGUCUAUCGACCUCCACCUCCCCAAUCACCUGCCCCGGGAUAUGGCUAUCCGCCGUAUGGCCAAUGGCAGCCUCCGCCAGAACCUCCGAAGCGGGACUGGCGGGAUUGGUUCAUCAUGGCCACUGUGAUGGGUGGUGUAGGAUACGGGCUUUAUACUAUCACCAAGCGAUACAUCACACCCUUAAUCGCACCUCCUACGCCGCCACAGCUGGAGCAAGACAAGCAGGAUAUUGACGAGCAAUUCUCCCGUGCCUUUACCCUUAUCGACCAACUUUCCACCGACACGGCCGCCCUAAAGUCUGCAGAAGAGGAGCGCUCAGAACGGCUCGACGCUGCUCUCAACGAGGUGGAGAAUCUUGUUUCCGAUAUGAGGAACGCGUCCCGGCGGAGAGACGACGAGACUCGCCGUAUUAGCGACGAGGUCAAAUCUUUGAAGGAUGCUAUUCCUAAGGCUAUGGAGAACGCCCGGGAGGGCAAUGAAAAUCGCUUGAAGGAACUGAGCACUGAGUUGAAGAGCCUGAAGGUUCUCUUGGGUAACAGACUUGGUGGUGGUGGUAGCGGUGCCAACACGCCUAUGGCUGGCCGGACUGUGGGCGGAAUUCCUCUCCCGGCUACUUCACGACCCGCGGAGGAAUCAGCUCCUGCCUCCAACGCAACAAGCGGCGUGACUGCUGGAUCUACCGAGCAAACAUCGCAAUCAGCCCAGCCAAGCCCGAGUGCUAGCACGGCGUCAUUGAGCACCAACCCUCUCUCGCAGUUAGGCCGGUCUGCCUCUAUUCCCGCCUGGCAAAUGGCGGCUGCCAACCGGUCCAAGACUGCUUCCCCCGCGUCUUCCAGUGCGGCCGACAACUCUACUUCGGCUACCACGGCCAACAGGACAGACAAACACCGAAGCAGACGCCAUCAUCAUGACCGCCACCACCACCACCACCGAGACACCGACACCCACCAUGAGCAUGAUAGAGACAACGCAGAGCGCGACCGCCAUCGCCAGCGACACCAUCGGCGUCAUCACCACCAUCACCCCCACUCCUCCUCUCACCGCACCCCGGACACAGCGCAAGCCCCGAUUAUCCUCCCCUACCAAUCGCGCGAACUCACCAAACACGACCUCGCGCCAUACACACCGCUAUUCGCCAUGUAUCUCGACAUUCAGAAGGGCCUCUACCUAGAAGAACUCCCAGAAGACGAGAUCAAAGGCCGGUGGAAGAGUUUUGUUCGCAAAUGGAACCAUGGAGAACUAGCAGAAGGAUGGUACGAUCCCGCGAUGCUGGAGCGGGCGCGAGCGAACACCGACGCUCCUCUUCCUGCUACAGCCGACACGCAAUCACACUCCGCCCGGGACCCUGCAGCUGAUCGUCGUGAACGUGAUGACGACAUUCACAACAACGACAAGGGUGAGGUGGAGGAGGAGGAAGACGACGACGAUGACUACGGACCGACUCUCCCCCAGCACGACAAAUCCUUGUCUGGGCCGACGAUUCCGACGAUGCAGGAUCUGGAGUUGAGGAAAGAACAAGCACACGAGGACGCCAUCGCCGCCCGCCACGACUCGCAAUCCCACUACCGAAGCGAACUGCGCUCCCACCGCGCGGAGCUCCGCCACCUGCAGGAAGAGGUGGCUCCGCGCGCGGAGCCGGGGACGCACGAGCGCCGCAUGGAGAAGCGUAUGGAGGCGGCCAGCGCGAACCGGGCGUUUGCGGAGGCACGCCGCGGCGGGUCGCCGGGGGCGGCGGUGCCGGAGGAGGAGCUGAUGGGGUCUGGGGAGAACGAGUUGGAGGCGAUGAAGAAGUCCCGGGAGAGGGAGCAGCGGAAGAAGAACGAGCGCGAGAUCCGGCGGGAGGAGAUCAUGCGCGCGCGCGCCGCGGAGCGCGAGGAGAGGCUGCAGAAGUAUCGCGAGAAGGAGGAGGAGACGAUCGGGUGGCUGAAGACGUUGGCGAAGCAGCGAUUUGGAUGAUCUGGUUUCUUUCUUCCUUAUGCCGUAUGGGUGUAACUUGAGAUGCCUGCCACACUACUUGGAAGCACAAAUAUGGACUCGUGCUGUAAGCAUGAAUUCUGCGGGACAACAUAUACAUACAUUCAC